AUGGACGACGCCGGGGAGAUACACGCGUUUGGGAGCAGCCUGCGGCGGGAGGGCUCGGUGUGGUCGGCGGCCAGCAACAACGUGUUCUCGCAGUCGUUGUCGCGCGGGGAGGAUGACGAGGAGGCGCUGCGGUGGGCGGCGCUGGAGAAGCUGCCCACCUACGACCGCGCCCGGACGACCGUGCUGGCCAUGCCCGAGGGCGAGCUCAGGGAGGUCAACGUGCAGAAGCUCGGCGCGGAGGAGCGGCACGCGUUGCUGCAGCGGCUGGCCUGGGUCGGCGACGACCACCAGCGGUUCCUCUCCAAGUUCAAGGACCGCGUCGACCGAGUUGGGAUUCAACUGCCGACGAUCGAAGUGAGGUACGAGAACCUGAACGUCGAAGCAGAGGCGUACGUUGGCAGCAGGGGCUUGCCGACCAUCCUAAACACCUAUGCCAAUGUGCUCGAGGGCCUAGCAAAUGCUCUUCACAUAACACCAAGUAGGAAGCAGAAAAUAUCAAUUCUUCACAAUGUCAGUGGCGUUAUCAAGACGCACAGAAUGACAUUGCUUUUGGGUCCUCCCGGCGCGGGGAAAUCCUCACUGCUUUUGGCCCUGGCUGGAACGCUCCCUUCAAAUCUUAAGGUAACUGGGAAUAUAACUUACAAUGGGCAUACAAUGGACGAGUUUGUGGCCCGAAGAUCAGCUGCUUAUGUCAGCCAACAUGAUCUGCACAUGGGUGAAUUGACGGUUCGUGAAACAGUCAAUUUCUCUGCAAAAUGUCAAGGAAUUGGUCACCGCUACGACUUGCUAAUGGAACUAUCGAGGAGAGAAAAGGAGGCAAAUAUCAUACCAGAUCCAGAAACAGAUAUCUACCUGAAGGCUGCUGCAACAGGAGAGCAGAAAGCAGACGUCGUCACAAAUCACAUACUAAAGGUCCUGGGGUUGGAUAUCUGUGCUGACACAAUCGUUGGAAACAAUAUGCUAAGAGGCAUAUCAGGAGGGCAAAAGAAGCGAGUAACUACAGCCGAGAUGCUUGUCACCCCAGGACGAGCCCUUUUCAUGGAUGAGAUAUCUACCGGACUUGACAGCUCAACAACCUUCCAGAUUGUGAAUUCCAUCCGACAAACCAUUCACAUUGUUGGUGGAACGGCAGUUAUUGCUUUGCUACAACCUGCACCAGAGACAUAUGAACUGUUUGAUGAUAUAAUUCUCCUUUCAGAUGGUCAGGUUGUCUACAAUGGCCCUCGUGAACAUGUGCUAGAGUUCUUUGAAUCAGUUGGCUUCAAAUGCCCUCAGCGGAAAGGUGUAGCUGACUUCUUGCAGGAAGUUACAUCAAGGAAAGAUCAGAGACAAUACUGGAUACAUGGUGAUGAGACCUACCAAUAUGUUCCCGUGAAAGAGUUUGCAGAUGCAUUCCACUCUUUCCACGUCGGUGAGGCUAUAAGAAAUGAGUUGGCAGUCCCAUUUGACAAGAGCACGAGCCAUCCGGCUGCUCUGAAAACAUCAAAAUAUGGUGCCAGCAUGAAAGAACUACUUAAAGCAAACAUCAACAGAGAGAUAUUGCUAAUGAAAAGAAACUCCUUUGUGUAUAUAUUCAAGGCAACUCAGUUAACACUAAUGGCAAUCAUUGCGAUGACUGUCUUUAUCCGCACCAAUGUGCACCAUGACUCAAUAGCAGAUGGAAGGAUAUACAUGGGUGCGCUGUUCUUUGGGAUUCUGAUGGUCAUGUUCAAUGGAUUGGCAGAAGUUGGUCUAACUAUUGGAAAGCUCCCUGUUUUCUUCAAGCAAAGGGAUCUUCUCUUCUAUCCCGCAUGGACGUACUCCUUGCCAUCAUGGAUCAUUAAGAUCCCCCUCUCCUUGCUCAAUGUAACAAUUUGGGUCUUCAUAACAUACUAUGUCAUCGGAUUUGAUCCCAAUGUAGAGAGACUUUUUAGACAGUUCCUGCUCCUCUUACUAAUGAAUGAGGCAUCAUCUGGACUGUUCCGUUUCAUUGCUGGGCUUGCAAGGCAUCAGGUUGUUGCAAGCACCCUUGGUUCAUUUGGAAUUCUGAUUUUUAUGCUUUUAGGCGGAUUCAUCCUGUCAAGAGAGAAUGUGAAGAAAUGGUGGAUAUGGGGAUAUUGGAUAUCACCCCUGAUGUAUGCACAAAAUGCCAUAUCGGUAAAUGAGUUCCUAGGAGACAGCUGGAAUAAGACAAUCCCUGGUUUCACACAACCACUUGGGAGACUAGUCCUGGAAUCUCGUGGACUUUUUCCUGAGGCAAAAUGGUAUUGGAUUGGUGUGGGUGCCUUACUCGGAUAUGUGCUACUAUUUAAUGUCCUCUACACUGUCUGCCUCACAUUUCUCGAGCCAUUUGAUAGCAAUCAGCCAACAAUUUCUGAGGAGACAUUGAAGAUAAAACAAGCAAAUCUAACUGGUGAAGUUUUAGAAGCAUCAUCGAGAGGAAGGGUUGCCAGCAACACAGUAACAUCUAGAAAUAACGUGGAUGAGAACAACGAUGAAGUAGCUUCCAAUGAUGCAACAGUAAAUUCUGUUCCAGUCAACAAAGGAAUGGUCCUCCCUUUUGUACCUUUCUCCAUCACUUUUGAAGAUAUAAGAUACAGUGUAGACAUGCCAGAGGAAAUCAAAGCACAAGGUGUGACAGAGAGCCGGUUGGAACUACUGAAGGGUAUUAGUGGUUCAUUUAGGCCAGGGGUACUUACUGCUCUGAUGGGUGUCAGUGGUGCUGGAAAGACAACACUGAUGGAUGUAUUGGCUGGGAGGAAGACUGGAGGAUACAUAGACGGCAACAUUACCAUUUCAGGUUACCCAAAGAAGCAAGAGACUUUUGCUCGUGUAUCAGGAUACUGUGAGCAGAAUGACAUCCAUUCACCAAAUGUUACUGUCUAUGAGUCCCUUGCAUUCUCCGCGUGGCUCCGGUUACCUGCCGAUGUUGAUUACUCCAGAAGAAAGAUGUUUAUUGAUGAGGUUAUGGAGCUUGUGGAGCUUUUACCCUUAAAAGAUGCAUUGGUUGGAUUGCCUGGUGUGAGUGGAUUAUCAACAGAGCAAAGGAAGAGGCUAACAAUAGGAGUCGAGCUGGUUGCUAACCCUUCUAUCAUUUUCAUGGAUGAACCAACAUCUGGACUUGAUGCACGAGCAGCAGCCAUUGUCAUGAGGGCAAUAAGGAAUACUGUGGACACAGGAAGAACAGUUGUUUGUACCAUUCACCAACCAAGCAUUGAUAUCUUCGAAUCAUUCGAUGAGCUCUUCCUUAUGAAACGUGGAGGCGAAGAGAUUUAUGUAGGUCCCUUAGGACGACACUCGUGUGAACUGAUCAGAUAUUUUGAGGCUAUCGAAGGUGUCAGCAAGAUAAAAGAUGGCUACAAUCCUUCAACAUGGAUGCUGGAAGUGACUAGUGCAGUGCAAGAACAGAUUAGUGGAACUAGCUUCAGUGAAGUAUACAAGAAUUCAGAAUUAUAUAGGAGAAACAAAAAUUUAAUAAAGGAGCUAAGCACACCUCCUGAAGGUUCAAGUGACCUAUCCUUUCCAACGGAAUAUUCGCAGACCUUCCUAAUACAAUGUUUUGCUUGCCUGUGGAAGCAAAGUAUGUCAUAUUGGAGAAAUCCUCCAUAUACUGCUGUCAAGUACUUCUAUACAACAGUGAUUGCACUGCUGUUUGGUACAAUGUUCUGGGGCGUUGGCAGAAAAAGGGAUAGUCAACAAGACUUGUUCAAUGCCAUGGGUUCCAUGUAUGCCUCGGUUAUUUUCAUGGGAGUACAGAAUUCUGGUUCAGUUCAGCCAGUUGUCUCAGUUGAGCGCACAGUCUUCUACAGGGAGCGGGCGGCUCACAUGUACUCGCCUUUGCCAUAUGCCUUGGGACAGGUUACAAUUGAACUUCCAUACAUCUUUGUUCAGUCCUUAAUAUAUGGUGUGCUAGUGUAUGCUAUGAUUGGGUUUGAAUGGACAGCUGCCAAGUUCUUUUGGUACUUGUUCUUCAUGUACUUCACUCUAUCAUACUACACAUUUUACGGGAUGAUGAUGGUGGGCCUGACUCCAAACUACAAUGUCUCCUCCGUUGCUUCCACAGCAUUCUAUUCCAUUUGGAACCUUUUCUCGGGAUUUCUAAUACCACAAACUAGAAUUCCAAUAUGGUGGAGAUGGUUCUACUGGGUCUGCCCAAUUGCAUGGACACUAAAUGGUCUGGUCACAUCACAGUUUGGAGAUGUAACUGAGAAGUUCAAUAAUGGGGUGCGCAUAUCUGACUUCAUCGAAAGCUACUUUGGGUACCAUCACGACUUACUGUGGGUAGUCGCUGUGGUGGUCGCCUCAUUCCCCGUGCUCUUUGCCUUGCUUUUCGGGCUCUCAAUCAAGCUAUUCAACUUCCAGAAGAGGUAACUGGUGAAGAGUUUGCUCAAAGCCUGACUAACACAGGCAUUGCAAAAGAAUGCCCUUGUAAUUGUAUAACGUGUAAAUAGCAUAGCAUAUUCAUUAGAACUCGAGCUCGAGAUAAUUGUACAGCUGAUGGGCACAUUGUGCCUGUUUGUGUAAAAUUAAGCAACAGUGCCCAAUUCCUACAA